UUAGUAAGAUCUUUUUUGACUGACAUAACGCGUCGACUAAGCACCCGACUUUAAUUAAUAUUUAUCUGCAAUAAUGUCUGAGAAAAAGAACACGAUACCCAAGUAUAUGAAAUUUACCAUCGGUGGAUUAGCUGGAAUGGGUGCUACAGUGUUUGUUCAGCCUCUGGACUUGGUAAAGAACAGAAUGCAGCUCAGUGGUGAGGGAGGUAAAAGUCGUCAGUAUAAAUCAAGUGGGCAUGCAUUAAUCACAGUAUUAAGGAAUGAGGGUAUUACUGGUAUCUAUACAGGGCUUUCAGCAGGUCUUCUGCGUCAGGCGACCUACACAACAACAAGAAUGGGCAUAUACUCAUCCCUGUUUGAAAGAUUUAGUGUAGAUGGUAAACCCCCAAGCUUUUUCAAGAAAGUGUUCAUAGGUGUGUUUGCUGGAGGUAUUGGGGCAUUUGUUGGAACUCCCGCCGAGUUGGCUCUUAUUAGGAUGACGGCAGAUGGACGCCUUCCUGUUGAACAAAGAAGAGGUUACAAAAAUGUUUUUGAUGCACUCAAAAGAGUUUGGCUAGAAGAAGGAUUUCUAGCUCUCUUUAGGGGAAGUGGUCCUACUAUAGGGAGAGCUAUGGUAGUGAAUGCAUCUCAACUGUCCUCUUAUUCACAAGUUAAACAGUUUUUCCUAGACAGAGACAUGGUGAAAGAUGGCUUGCUACUCCAUUUCAUUAGCAGUAUGAUCAGUGGUUUUGUAACAACAGUGUUCUCAAUGCCUGUGGAUAUUGUGAAAACUAGGAUACAGAACAUGAAAACCAUUGAUGGAAAACCAGAGUACAAAGGAGCUAUGGAUGUUUUUCUGAAUACAGUACGAAAGGAAGGCUUUUUCAGUUUAUGGAAGGGAUUCUUGCCAUACUAUUUCCGACUGGGACCUCACACAGUUCUGACUUUUAUUUUCAUUGAACAGAUGAAUAGAAUUUACGCAACAACUGUUCUAAAAGACGCCUCAGCAGGAAGGGGUUUAUAACUCAUGUUUAGAUCAUAGUUUUUAUGCCUCCAUAAUGGAAGAUUCCGGGGCAUGUUUUUGCUCUGUCUGUCUGUUUGUCCACAAAAAACUUUUAACUUGUCAAUAAUGUUUGAUUAGUUGGAGCUAGGCUUUCAUACUUGUGACAAGACCUCUGAGUACCAACAUAUUUGACCUUGACCUUGGAUUUUGACCAACUUUUGAAAAAUUUUACCAAACUUUAACAUUGAUAACGUUUGAAUGGUUGAUGCUAGGAUUUUCAUAUUUCACGUGUAUUCCUUCCCUUGGGUAGCAACAAUUUUCAUCCUUUGACAAUUUUCAUCCUUGGAGUUUGAUGUAUUUAGGAAAAACUUUAACCUUGGCCAUAACUUUUGAAAGGUUGGUACUAGGGCUUUUAUAUUUCACAGGUGUAUUCCUUGUGACAAGACCUUUGUUUGGGUACCAACAUUUUUGAUCUCUUGAUCUUGAAAUUUGUUUGUAUUUGACAAACUUUAACCUUGGCCAUAAGCUGCCAUAUGGGAGCAUCGGUGUUUCGCAAUCCAUGUUGUUUUUUAACUCAAAAAGAAAAUUGAACACCUUAAAAGCAGCUGAUUUUUAAAUAUUUUUUUUGUAAAAAAUACUGGUUAUUCUCCACAGAUAUAUAUAAUAUAUAAUGAAUUGUUACGAAAAACCUAGUAAAAGCAUAUUACCGUAAGCAAAUACAGUGCUUCAUGUAUAGAUGGCAGCUCUUUUUUUCCCCCAUGUAGUAAAAUGCAUAAUCAGUAACUUUAUCAAAAGAUCUUGUGAAGGUAGAAAUUAGUUUUAACAAAACUACUCCCUCAAAUCGACAUAAGUAAUUGGUCUGGAGUGUUAGAAGUAACUCGGGUAUGUUCUGUAUGUAAUAGUAAUUUAGUGCUUUGUGUAUGUUAUUUAGGUUUUUAUGAAUAUGUUGAUUUGUUAUAACUGUGAUAAUAUUUCAAAUACAGUUUCAAUUUUAAUAAAAAUGUAUUGUC